AUGUAUUCUCCACUUUCUCCUCCUGGAGAUCGUAAAAAACUUCCGCUAACUCCAAAAUUUUUCAAUUCCAAAUUAUUCAUUUUUAUCGCUCUGAUUUUCACGGUUUUCAUAUUUAUCGAAACUCGAAGUGCAAAUGAAAUUCCUGUGAAUUUUGAGCCGAAGGAAAUUCCAAAAAUCUAUCAGGAACCUGUAGUUACAACAACUGAAGGUGCUGAAAUUGCUCCGAAAAUUGUUAAAACUACAAGAAUCCCCCAACAUAAACUGAAUCCUUAUCGCGGGUAUUCUGGUCCGAAACACGAGUUAGAUGAUGUUGAAUGGGAAACCGAUUCACCGGUGAGUUUACGUUAUGCAAAUAUAAAAAAAAUUAAAAAGUUGUGCGGCGAGUGGGGAUCGAACCCGGGUCGUGCGAAUGAGAGGCGCGUGUGCUAACCACUCGGCUACGCAGAUGUUUUUGUAAGAGGAUGAAAAUGUCGCAUAUAAAAUGGGUGCCCUGUCGAUUUUCAGCGAGUCAACGAGAUCAGCAAAAUUGUUCAAGAACAAAUCUACGCGGCUCCAAGAUGUGAAGAUUCGGAUUCCGAACCUUCAGAAUCGGGAUCACAGAUCGCAAAAUCAGCAAUGCGUGGAUUUCAAGAAUGUGUCAAGCCGAUUUUCGAUUCGUUUAAUGGAGAAUUCAAAAAUCUUUUUGAUAAUUGGGUGAAUUCUGCUAGAAAAUGUGAUUUUAUUGAUGAAUAUAAGAGUUUGGAUAUUCGUGGGAUUUCGAAUCGAGAUGAGCUGAAAUGGCUGAUUUAUCCGAAAUGUGUGAGUUAUUUGGCGUAAGCCCGGAGUGUCGUAGUUAAACAAUUUUUGUGUUUAGCAACGACACUCCACUUUUACACUUCUCAAUAAAUUUCUUAUUAUAACGAACUAACGAUACUCCACCUUUACACUGAUGAAAAAAGCGUUGCGUAAACCCGGAGCGUCGUAGUUCUCAAUUAUUUCCAGCAAGAACAAAACCACCACGUAACCCUUGGAGUUGGACACGAUGUCAAAGCCGAAACCAAACUCAAAAAACAUCAGCCGAACACAAAAUUCUAUGGAGUCGAUCCGAUGAUUGAGAUCAAUUACGAGUUGAUUAUCAACGAUCUGAACGGGUCGUUUUUUGCGUUUGCUUUGUCGAAUGAGACCAAAUUGCAGUAUUUUCCAGUGUUGCCGGCGAGAAGUGAGAGAGGGAGAGGGGGGCUUUCCGCAAGCUUCCGCGCGCGCAGCGGCAUCCCAUCCCAGAUCUUAGGCGUGGCCGCUGCGCGGAAGCUUGCGGUCUACACUCGCGCUAAAGGCGCUCGGGGUUAAACCUAUGUUUAGAGCUAACUCCGAGCGCCUCAGGCGCGAGUGUAGACCGCAAGCUUCCGCGCAGCGGCCACGCCUAUGCUCAGGGAUGAGAUUGGGAAUCCCUGGGCGUGGCCGCUGCGCGGAAGACAGUGCCGCUUCGCGGAAGCUUGCGGUCUAGACUCGCGCCAGAGGCGCUCGGGGAUUUCUAGGCCUAAGCCUGAACCUAGGCUUAGACUCAAGGCUGAAGCUGAGCCUAAACUAAAUGUAUUAUAUACCUAAGCCUAAAGCCUAAGCCUAAGCCUAAACUAAAUGUAUUAUAUACCUAAGCCUAAAGCCUAAGCCUAAGCCUAAACUAAAUGUAUUAUAUACCUAAGCCUAAAGCAAAAAGCCUAAGCCUGAAGCCUAAGCCUCUUAUAAACCUAAGCCUAAAGCCUGAAGCCUAAGCCUAAGCCUAAAGCCUGAAGCCCAAGCCUAACCCAACCCCAAAUGGCGCAGUCUAGAGCUUCGCUCAGCCUGCGCCUGAACCCUGAAGCCUAAGCCUAAGCCUCCUAUAAACCUAAGCUUAAAGCCUGAAGCCUAAGCCUAAGCCUCUAAUAAACCUAAGCCUAAAGCCUGGAGCCUGAAGCCCAAAGCCUAAACCCAUCUCCCAAUCUCAUUUUUUUCUCCAGGCCGCUAUGCUCCACAAUCCGUCGUAACCCUCGACGUCGGAUAUUUUUUCGAAAAACUCCUGAUCCUCAAAAAAAUCGACACACUUUUCCUGGACAUUGAAAGCGGCGAAGAAUAUUUCUUCGAUUAUUUCGCAAAAGGCGGAAAAUUCGACGAAAUCGGCAUGACAAUCUGCCAAUUCAACGUCGAAUUUCAUCCGGGUUACACCAACAACUACAAAGCCUAUUAUAAAUUCUUGGAGCAAACCAUCAAAGACAAACGGUACAUCUUCUUGAGACCGGCUCAUCAUAAUCCGGGAUAUUUUAAAAUGUAUUUUUUGAAUUUGGAGAGCAAGGAAUGUGUUAGGAAAUUCAUUGGAUCAUGA